ACGCUGCCGUGCGAUCUCUCUCUGGUUUGGGGGCGGAUUAUGCAUUUUUUCCACUAACUAGUUUUCAUGCCUUUUUUUUUUCUUUUAAAGGCACAAUGUUUUUCUUUGAAACAGACAGAAAGUAACUGCCCGUUCGCUGCCUGUACAAGCCCCACCCUGAUGCAAGGCUGAGACUUUUCCCUCCCACCACAAAACAUCUAACAACAGAGGACCCCUUGGCACACAGAAAGGAAGCUGCUGAAAAUAAACGCUAUUUUGAACUGUUUUAACUUCUUGCGCUGGCACUUUCUGAGCUGGAUCCCACUCUCCUCCUCUGCCUGCAGAGGGGGAGCCAGCUACACUGGGAGUGUAGCCGAGAAGGCUCUGAAAACGGAUUUAACAACCCUUAAAUUUACAGGAGCGUCUAGUAUGGAAUGAUAAAGCUCAUGCCAGUCUGCUGCCUCUCGAAUAUUAGCUCUAUGAUUCACAUUUCUCAGUGCUGUUAUUGUCGUUGUAGCCAGCGUGAGGAGAGAGGACCCAGGCUGCUGUAGGCAUCUCCGAUUGGGUGCUCAAUCCAAGAUGGCUGCCCUCAUCACUGAAAACUUCCGCUUCCUUUCUCUGUUCUUCAAAAGCAAAGAUGUGAUGAUCUUCAAUGGCCUGGUGGCCCUGGGCACGGUGGGCAGUCAGGAACUCUUCUCUGUGGUCGCCUUCCACUGCCCCUGCUCUCCGGCCAGGAACUACAUCUAUGGACUGGCUGCCAUUGGAGUCCCAGCCCUGGCCCUGUUCCUCAUCGGCGUCAUCUGGAACAACCACACCUGGAAUUUGGUGGCCGAGUGCCACAAGAGAGGGGCCAAGAACUUCUCAGCUGCAGCCACCUUCCUGCUCUUCGGCUCCAUCAUAGGGCGGGCUGCCGUGGCCCCUGUCACCUGGUCAGUCAUCUCAUUGCUCCGCGGAGAAGCCUACAUCUGUGCCCUCAGUGAAUUUGUGGAUCCUGCCUCCCUAGAUGAAUUUCCAUCCAGAUAUGGACCGGAGACCCUGGCCAGGUUCCCUUGUAAGGACAUUCCAGGGAACUUGACAAGUUUUAAGGAAGAAGUUAUAAGAAGACUAAGAUAUGAGUCCCAGCUCUUUGGAUGGCUGCUCAUUGGGGUCAUCGCAGUCUUGGUUUUCCUCACCAAGUGCCUGAAGCACUGCUGCUCACCGCUGAGCUACCGGCAAGAGGGCUACUGGGCCCAGUACCGCUCUAGCGAGGCCAAGCUCUUCCAGCGCACCGCCGAAGUCCACUCCAAGAUCCUGGCCGCCAACAAUGUCAAGCAGUUCUUCGGCUUUGUGGCUCUGAAUAAGGAGGAGAAAGAGCUAGUGGAGGAGUUUCCAGUGAAGGGUGUCCAGCCAAGCCCGCAGUGGAACGCCAUCACUGGGGUCUAUAUCUACCGGGAAAAUAAGGGCUUCCCACUCUACAGCCGGCUCCAUAAGUGGGCCAAAGGGGUGGAAGGGAACGGGCCAGGGCCUGAUGGUCAGGAAAUGGUCUUCCUAGCCACAUAAGAGAACCAGCAGCCCAGGGGGAUGACGGGACCAGUUCCCCAAACCAUCUUUGCGUCACAGUACGUUCAAAUAGGUAAAAACGGCAUAGGUGCACAGCUAGUCGAUUUGCUGCUAAUUCUCCUCCAAACAGCUGUUCCUCCUGGGCACAGCACGGGAGGAAGGAUGAACAGCUUCAGGAUAAAGACCAACUGCAUCGUGCCAGGAACCCGUCUCUAUGAUACAACCAGGCACUGCUGCUCCCACACAGAGGACAUGGCACCUAAAGCAGGUAUGUGCACCCUGUCUCCAGACUAUCAGUGCUCCAGCCCUACUGUUCUGAUGCACAGACAGAGCCCCCAGGUCCUGCGUACACAAAGACAUGUAACAGAUGGGAAACCAGAUACAAUACACUGCCAGCGUUCCUCCAUCUCAGCCACGAAUGCUGCAGCCUCUUUGCUCUCCUUCAUUUCAGGGUCAGGACAAGACCACCAAGCACAACUUCCUAUUUUAUUAUUAAGAGUUUAUCUUGCAGUUCUAUAGCAUAAAGAAAUUCCCAGGGCAGCUGCUGGGCAGCUGCAUCUGGGGUGGAACACAACAACAGUCCAUCAAUGCACCAAAAAACUCCAGAGUCUAAGGGUUUGUCUACAUGAAGGAAGGGAGGGGGUAGUAUGCACUAAUUUGGAUUGGUGCACAUUGAAAUGACCUGCGUUCACACAAUGCAGACCCUGAAAGCACAGUAGCACCAUAGUUAAAGGGUACAAAGUUCACCAGGCAUUGAGUUAAUACAAACCUAUGUUCAUGUAUGCACAUUGCUCAUUCACACUAUUUUGGCAGUCCUCUAAGUGCCUUCCCACACUGGUUUGCAUGUCCCCAGGACUGACCUGUCGGUUUACCUGUGUAUUGUCCCCCUCCGCUUCUCUGGGGUCAAGUUGCACUGAUGCCAGCAAGUAGGACACUGAUAUUGCACAGGGAAAUUUAAUGAAGUGGAAUGUAAUUACCCAAUGGGAAACUGGCCAGGACACCAAACACCCUCUUUCAUGAGCACAAAUGAUCAUCAGCUUGGUUUUAUGUAUCUUGAAGACAGCACCGUCAGCAGACCUGCAUCCUGCUGGAGCUGGCUUCGGACAGGUUGAGUCAUUAACACCACUUCCUGCAGCAUCUUGGACUUCUCAUCCAAGCACUGACCAGCUUCGCCCCUGCUUAGGGUCUGAGAUAUGGCAAGCUCAUAAUCAGACUUAGUUACAGAGCACACUCUUGACACUUAAUUGUAUCAGUUAAGCAUCUUCCUCCUACUGGAAGGAGACCAGAGACCAGCCAGCCAAAAGACUGCAUUAUGAGCACGUCUUGUGCCUGUAGAGACUGAGGUUUGCACUGAUGGGAAUCGGUGGGAUUCAGCCAUGGGAAGCAGUGACCACUCCUCCCUUCUUUCAUUGGGCUUUUUAAACUGUUUCCACUGCCUUAGAUGGCUCCUGAAUGAGAUCCUUGCAGAUUCUCUCUCAGGAACUAAGUUCCACGCUGAGAAACAGACGGGAGAUUGAAAUGUACCACUGUCAUUGCACUAUUGUGUUGUCCACUGGCUGGACACUUGAUUUGAAUUUAUAGCAUUGCACAAUUCACCAGUCUCUAAUUGCAUGUUGAAUUACAUACACACAAUUGUCUCUAUUUUAAAGGUUGGCAGCAUAUUGGAGUUGGCUUUUCAUAUUUAUAAUGCUCCUUUAUAUAUGCGCCUCGUUUUUAUGCACUUUUGCUAUGGCCUUUCAUGAUACUGUCAACCCCAAGUGUACAGAUAUCAUGAGUCAGGCACUUCAAACUCAUGUGACUCGAUUAAAAAUUAAGGUUUUCUUAAAAAAAAAAAUAAAUAAAUUGACAGGUUUCAGAGUAACAGCCGUGUUAGUCUGUAUUCGCAAAAAGAAAAGGAGUACUUGUGGCACCUUAGAGACUAAUCAAUUUAUUUGAGCAUAAGCUUUCGUGAGCUACGGCUUUUUCUCUUUGCUUUCUGAUUUCUGAACAUUUUGGGUGCAGCUGGGUCAAAGAAAAGCGUGAAAAUGUGAACACGAGGGCCAGAAACUUACUUUGUUUUUUUAAAUUAAAGUUCCGAUUCUGUCAUGUUCGCACGACUCCAGGAGCUGACGGUUUAAGCAGACCUCCAACUAUCAUGAGAGGUGGUGAUAUUGCUUUCAUAAUCCUUGCUGCACUGAUUUGGGUGCAGGUUUUACAGAGGAUCGAUGCAGUGGGUGAAGGGAGGACCGGACCCUGCUCUGUCACUCUGCUCUCUUGUGAGUAAGAGCUGGAGCAUAGCUAGCAAUUGGAAACGGGCACUGGGGGACAUCUCAUGGACUGCUGGUGCUAAUACACACAGGUUGUCAUCGCUAUACAUCACAUGCUGGCAGGAAGUGAAGUGAUGGCAGUCCCUUCGCUAAGGUGUUUGAGUUGGGUUUUUUAAUUCUCCUUUUCCUUUACGGCGCAGACAUUCUAUGCAGCUGUCCUUGGCGAUCUACAACAGACAACAACCAGGAUGCUUACAAAAGCCUGACAAAUAGAAGUCAGGAUUUAGCAUAAUGAGUAACUGCUAUUCAUGCCCAUCAGCUGAGCGAGGAACUCAGGCUAUAGCAAGCAAUAGCACCACCACUCCAGCAGCUUCUAGCCACGGGCUCUGCUGGUUAUCAACUAGGAAUUCAGCAUGGAUUUUAUAACGAAGGAAGGAGCCCAAUACUAAGUUAGGAACAGGCUGUUCCUCUCUCAGGAUAUCUCCAUAAAUCCAGGCAAAAAUUCAAAAAUCAGGCACUGUAGCCAAGAUUCUUUUCCACUGCCUCUCUAAUGGCUGAAAAAAGCAAAUACAAAUUUGCUUUAAAGAUCACAAAUUAAUCUUAGAUUCAACUAAUUACAACCCACACCCUUCUUACUGAAGGUUAAACAAAAGCGUCACAAAGUCAUCUUGCAAGAAUUGAUUUUAUAACAUUUUGAAGGGCCCAUAAUCCCACACCUCAGAUUAACCCCCUGACCCUGAGGCCACAGAACCAGCCUAAGAAGAUGGUUCUCAACCUGGGCUGAUGUUGAUCAGUGACAGCCUUCUGACGCUCAUUCCUUCUCUACAUAAAAAGGAGGGAAUGAAAGGUGGGCAGAGGCGCGUAAACACAGACCAUAAGAAUGGCCAGACUGGGACAGACCCAAUGGUCCAAUUAGCCCAGUGUCCUAUCUUCUGACAGUGGACAGCACCAGAUGCUUCAGAAGGAAUGAACAAAACAGGACAAUUAUCGAGUGAUCCAUCCCCUGUUGUCCAGUCCCAGCACCUGGCAGUCAGAGGUUUAGGGAUACGCAGAGCAUGGGGUUGCAAUCCUGACCAUCGUGGCUAAAAGCGAUUGAUGGACCUAGCCUCCAUGAAUUUAUCUAAUUCUUUUUUGCAAGUAGUUAUACUUUUGGCCUUCACAAUAUCCCCUGGCAACAGGGUGAUGGGGCAUUGUGUGAAGAGGUACUUCCUUAUGGUUGUUUUAACCCUGCUGCCUAUUGAUUUCAUUGGGUGACCCCUGCUGCCUAUUGAUUUCAUUGGGUGACCCCUGGUUCUUGUGUUAUGUUAAGGGGUAAACAACCCUUCCUUAUUUACUUUCUCCACACCAGUCAUGAUUAUAUAGACCCCUAUCAUAUCCCCCCUUUGUCAUCUCCUUAUCAAGCAGAACAAUCCCAGUCUUUAUAAUCUCUCCUCAUAUGGAAGCUGUUCCAUAUCCCUAAUCAUUUUGUUGCCCAUCUCUGUACUUUUAAAAAUUCUAAUAUAUCCUUUUUGAGAUAGGGCGACCAGAACUGCAUUCAGUAUUCAAGGUGUGGGCAUCCCACAGAUUUAUACACUGGCAUUAUGAUAUUUUCUGUUUUAUUAUCAAUCCCUUUCCUAAUGUUCCUAACAUUCUCUUAGCUUUUUUGACUGCCACUGCACAUUGAGAUGUUUUCAGAAAACUAUCCACAAUGACUCCAAGAUCGCGGUCUUGAGUGGUAACAGCUAAUUUAGACGUCAUCGUUUUGUAUGUAUAGUUUGGAUUAUAUUUUCCAGUGUGCAUUACUUUGCACUUAUCAACAUUGAAUUUCAUCUGCCAUUGUGUUGCCCAGUGACCCAGUUUUGCGAGAUCCCAUUGUGACUCUUCACAGUCAGCUUUGGACUUAACUAUCUUGAGUGAUUGAGUAUCAUCUCCAAACUUUGCCACCUCACUGUUUACCCCUUUUUCCAGAUCAUUUAUGAAUAUGUUGAACAGCACAGGUCCCAGUACAGAUCCUGGGGGGACCCUGCUAUUUACCACUCUCCAUUGUGAAAACUGACCAUUUAUUCCUACCCUUUGCUUCCUGUCUUUUAACCAGUUACUAACCCAUGGGAGGAUCUUACCUCAUCUCAUGACUGUUUAUGCUGCUUAAGAGCCUUUGGACUGUACCCAGAUUCGGAAGGGAACAACAAGAGAUUCUGCUGGCGGACUAUUUUCCAGUAAAGGGAAGAGGUCACAUUUUCUUUCAUGAAGAAGGGUUGGACAUUCGGAAUUAGGCUCUUCAAGUAGAUGUAUAACACCUCAGCUGGAGAAGCACAAAAGAACUCCCUGAUACUAUACUUGGUUUCUAACGAUAUAGUUUGUCUUUUGGAGUUAAGUGGAUUUAAAAAGAGGAGAGCAGAGGGAGGUUUUGCUCAGAGCUUUCUGGAAGAUGUCCAAGACAAAUAUUAAUUAACAAAAGAACUGGUAGCACCCUAAUCUGAUUUAGGAAGUCACAGCUUCCUUUGCAGUUGGCAAUGGGGGUGUAUGGAGAUAUGUUUCUGUGUGUUAGAUCUAGUCAUUGGCCCUUUUGAUGAAAAAUGUUCUCUAAGAGUCACCACUUGCAUGGAGCCCCUUGGACUCUGCAGGAUAGUCCAGUGGUCAGGUUGCUAAGUCUGGGAUUUAGGAGAUGAUGGGUCAAGUCCCUGUUUUGCCAGAUCUCGUGUGUGACCUUGGGCCAGUCACUCCACCUGUGUCGCAACUCCCCAGCUGUACAAGGGGGUAACAGCACUGCCCUGCCUCAGCGGGAGGAUGUCAGGAUAAAUUCAUUCAAGAUUGAGAAGGGCUCGGAUACUACGCUGAUGGUAGCCAUAUAAGAACCUUAGAUAGGCAGUCGUAUUCCAAGUAUGAAAGGGUUAAAAUGGGAUGCGUUAUUUUUCAGCAAGUAACACUUGGUUUCUUCUCUCAGUUUAAUGACCUCUUAGACAGCUGCUGCUGAGGCAGUCUCCUUUCUAAUUACUGUCCAUCACAAGCCGUGUUUGUUACCCUAGAGGUGCUCAUGAGCAAUGGAUCAAGCUUAAUUGGAUGGCCGUAGGCUUUAAGAGGAAUCAAUCAGGCAGGUGGUUGUGCUAAAUUGCUGGCAGCACAAAGGC